AUGAAUUUAGAUCUGACAUCCGAGGACAUUGAAUGGAUAGUAUGUUUUGCCCUUAUCCAACAUCGUAACAAAAAAAUAUGGAAGUUAGUAACAAAUAAAUUGGAAAAGAGAAAAGAUUUUCCAGUCGACGUAUGUGAAGUAAUUCCAAGUAAGCUCAAUAAAGUGAUGUUGAAUAAAAGAGAACAUUUCGAUCAACUUAAGCCAAUAUAUAUGUUUAAUAGAAAUGCACAUUUUGAAACCCUUACCAAACAUUUAUUUGAUAAGCCUCAAAUAUUUAGCACUUUUAGUGAUGACAUAUCUAAGGUAAAUAUGACAAAAUGGUACUAUCCUCGAUAUAAAUUAUUGCUUUUGGAAUUAUUCGAAAAAAAUUCAAAUAAUAUAAAAAUUGAUACAAAACUAUAUCACCUUUUCCAAUGCUUCCAAGAGCUAACAAUAUCCUUUUGUUGUUUCCAAUUAGAUUCAGAUUUCCUCUUCCUUAGAAACUUUCUUUGCAAGACUUUACUUUACCGUACUAUUUUUAAAGAUAUUUUGUCCUUAUACCUAAAUUAUCUAACAAAUGAUCAGGGAUCUGAUGACGAAAAAAAGAAAGCGAAUGCUAUUCGGAACAAAAGAGCCAAUACUAGUCUAAUAUGGACGAUGAAAUUACACUUGAAAACUGUUGUGAACAUAUUUAAUUUUCAAAUUCAUAACGCUUCCCCUCCCAGAAAGGAGGCUGUUGUCAUACAAUUAAUUGAGAAAUAUCUUCUUUUAAUUGGUAAUUUGUUCCAUGUUUUGAUUAAUCUUUUAGACAGAUCGCUCCUGAAAUAUCAUAAUACAAAGACAGCAUAUGUCAAGUUAUAUCAAAGGAAAAAAAAUAUUCUUCCACAUUAUUACUGGGAUGAUUUUAAAAAUAUUUUACAAACUUACAGUCAGUUUGAAGACAUCAAAGAGGAAGGUACAGAUUUUCUGAAGUGUACCUUACGUGAAUUAAUUGAAUUAGUUGGUGGAAUUAACUGGAGAAAAUUAAAGGAAAAAGGUAAAUGCGAAGGAACAAAGUUUAGGGAAAUUAAAGUAGCAAUACAAUUUAUCCAAGCCGAAUUACUACUUCUAAGAGAUUCAAACUUAAUAGCUCUUUUUUACUCCAAUACUCGAGACAUAUUCAACUGA